CACAGAAUGGAGCACUGGAACUCCACCCUGGGAAGUGGCUUCAUAUUGAUGGGGAUUCUGAAAGACAGUGAGUCUCCUGAGCUGCUCUGUGCCAUAAUCACAAUUCUGUACAUGUUGGCUCUGACCAGCAAUGGCCUGCUGCUCCUGGUCAUCACUAUGGACACCCGGCUCCACGUGCCCAUGUACCUCCUGCUUGGGCAGCUCUCACUCAUGGACCUCCUCUUCACGUCUGUUGUCACUCCCAAGGCCCUAGUGGAUUUCCUUCGCAGUGAAAACACCAUCUCCUUUGGGGGCUGUGCCCUUCAGAUGUUUCUGGCACUGACUCUGGGUGGUGCAGAGGACCUCCUACUGGCCUUCAUGGCCUAUGACAGGUAUGUGGCCAUUUGUCAUCCUCUGAACUACAUGGUCCUCAUGAGUACAAGGGUCUGCUGGCUCAUGGUGGCCACAUCCUGGAUCCUUGCAUCCCUGAGUGCCUUUGCAUAUACCAUGUAUACCAUGCACUAUCCCUUCUGCAAAGCCCGGAUGAUCAGGCACCUGCUUUGUGAGAUCCCACCUCUGCUGAAGUUGGCCUGUGCAGAUACCUCCAGAUACGAGCUCAUGGUGUAUGUGAUGGGUGUGACCUUCCUGAUGCCCCCUCUUGUUGCUAUCCUGGUCUCCUACACACUAAUCUUAUUCACUGUGCUCCACAUGCCCUCAAAUGAGGGGAGGCAGAAAGCCCUAGUCACCUGUUCUUCCCACCUGACUGUGGUCGGGAUGUUCUAUGGAGCUGCCACGUUCAUGUACAUCCUGCCCAGUUCUCUGCACAGCCCCAAGCAGGACAACAUCAUCUCCGUUUUCUACACAAUUGUCACUCCAGCCCUGAACCCCCUCAUCUACAGCCUGAGGAAUAAGGAGGUCAUGGGGGCCUUGAGGAGGGUCAUGGGGAAAUACAUGCUGAGGACAUACCCCACCUUCUAGGGAGGGAUCAUGGCUUGAUUCUGAAAUUUAUUCGUCAUCAAACUCAGAUUUCUGAGAGAGUCAGAUAAUCACGAUAGAAACACCACAGUGCA